UAAAGAUACAUAAAUCAAUUACAAGUUUAAAUAUUAUUUUAAAAAUGCAAAAAAUUCAAUUGGUGUUUUAUUUCAUUAUUUUAUUGAUAGCUUUAGGCAAUAGUGCUCAAAACGCAUUGAGCCAUAAUGCAGAGUGGGGCGCAAGAAGUACACGUGAUGUAUUAUUAAGCCGAGACAUUGUUACAGAAAAAUUUAAGGCACUACGCAUUGUUUCUUAUGACUACGAAUUCAAACAAAAACCACCACGUUUUAGUCAUCCACGUACCAUCACUAAAAUUGUGGUUACUGAUCAAUAUACCGAUGGCGAUGGCGGUUAUGCUACUUUAAAAAGUGGUGGACCAAGCACAGACCAUGUCGUAUUACACCUCAAAAGUCAACGUGGACAUGGAUAUAAUUUUGUUAUUGAUAUUUAUGGACAAUGAAAGAAAGUAUUUAAUCGAAUAUAUAUAGAGCACUAUCUGUAAUCUGACCAAUGAAAUGUGUUACAAAUCACAUUAAAAUAAAAUAUUUUUGAAUUC